AUGUAUUAUAUUUUUGGUUUCCUUAGAGAUUAUGGUAUUAAGAUCACAAAAUCUGGUCCCAUUCCCAAACAUGUUGCAUUUAUCAUGGAUGGUAACCGUCGUUUCGCGAAGAAGAAUCAAUUGAAGCUUGCAAAUGGACACGAAGAAGGGGCAGAAUCGUUGAUCAAACUUUUGGACACAGCGUACCGACUUGGCAUUGAGCAUGUUACAGUGUACGCUUUCUCCAUAGAGAACUUCAAACGAUCUAGUCAUGAGGUAAAUACGCUACUUGCCCUUUUACGCGAUAAACUUAAGGGAAUUGGAGAACUUCACAAGGUAUAUCCGCUGUUUCUGAAAGUUGGUGUGCGUAUCAUUGGGAAUCGGUCCAUGAUACCUCACGACAUACUUAGUGACCUUGAGAGAAUUGAGGCAGAUACGGUAAAUGCUGUGAGAGUUUUCAAUGUGUGCUUCCCGUACACUUCUCGUGAUGAGAUUGCGCAUGCCAUUGGAGCCGUUGCAACUUCAUCCAUGACUGAACUUAUUACAGCUCAAUCCAUUGAAAAUGCCAUGUAUUUUGCUCCAGAUACCCCAAAAUUGGAUUUGUUGAUUCGAACUAGUGGGCACCAAAGGCUAUCCGAUUUUAUGCUUUGGCAAUGUUCGACCAAUUGCACCAUUGAAUUCUCAGAUAGAUUGUGGCCCGAGUAUGGGUAUCGGGAGUUCAUGUGUGCUAUAAUCCGGUGGGGCUAUGAACGAACUAAUGCCCUGGAAAUGUCGUAUCGCCUUGGUGUUUCCACCAGUUCGAUACCUAAAUCUAUUUUUCAUAGCAAGUGA